AUGAAGCGGCACGGCGUGUGUAACACCAGUGGAGUCGCUCUCACGCGUUAUUCCGAGCGGCUGCGCUUUCGGACUACUCACUAUGGAAAUGGAAACAUGGCAACUAGUCACCAGAGUUGCUGUGGACGGCGCCUCGACUUCUACACGGGCCCUGGCAAAGGCUGGUGCUUUACGUCUCUACUUCCAGUGCUCCGAAGGUACUGCAGCGCCUCUUCCUCUUCCACAACUGCUGUUGCGCCCGUACAGGCGCACGGGGAAGACCUAUACGUAUCUCACUACGCCAUCCCGGAAGACGCACAUCGCCUCGUCGGCACACCGCAGUUGCUGCCACGCAGCCCAGCAGAGGAGGUUGCGUUUAAAAAAAGCUUGAUCAAAAGCUUCCCUCAGGCAUGCAUACGCAACGUGAGUGUGGUGGCGCACGUGGACCAUGGCAAAACGACGCUCGCCGACGCCAUGCUUCGUUUCUCAAACCUACUGCCGGCUGACGGGGCCACCGGCACCUUCACGGACCGCCUCCAGGUGGAGAAAGAGCGUGGAAUUACCAUCAAAGCACAGACAUGCAGCGUGCUCCUCACCCUGCGUGAGACGGGCACGCAGUACCUAGUGAAUCUGAUCGACACUCCAGGACACGUGGACUUUCAGUACGAGGUGUCGCGUAGCCUCCGCGCCUCCGAGGGUGCGGCGCUGCUGGUGGACGUUCGACAAGGCGUAGAGGCACAGACCAUGGCACAGUUUUACGCGGCACUUGAACAGAAUCUCACAAUCUUACCGGUGCUGACGAAGAUGGACAGUGUGAUGAACGACGCGGAGGUGGAGAAGACGCUGCUGCAGCUGGAGGACAGCACCGGGCUGCUUAGCCGCGAAGCUGUACUGACGAGCGCGAAGAGUAAGCAAGGCAUCGAGCAACUCUUCCAGCACAUCAUUGACAAAGUGCCGCCCCCACGUGGCCGCGCAGGCUUCUCUGACAUGAAGCAGCUUCCAAUCAUGCACGCCGAUAGUGCUGAGCGGAAGCAGAUGGAAAAAGAGCUGGUGCCGCUGCGCGCUUUGCUAUUUGACUGCUGGACUGCCGAGAGCAGUGGUAUGACUGACGGGGCCGCAUCGGCGCCGGCGAGCGCGGCUACUUCGUUUUCCUCGGUCUCCUCUGGAACGGUCACUGCCUCAGGCGGCCAACCUGUGGCGAGGGAGGGCAUCUACGGACUCAUUCGUGUCAUGGAUGGUACCGUCACACCAGGCACUAUGGUCACCUUCUGCCACUCCGGGAAGAAGCACGAGGUGCGCGAGGUGGGCAUCAUCCACCCCACGCUACAUCCAACUGCCGCUCUUACUGCUGGUAUGGUCGGCUUUGUCUUCUUCCCUGGGCUGACCAAGAGAGACGUUUUCAUCGGCGACACCCUCUGUACACUGCCGACACGCAAGCACACAGUAAGGGUGGGGGUGAGCAACAUCCCUGCGGCGGAGCUGGGCACUGAACCCACCGCGACCGCAGAGCUGGCGAGCAGCGACUCGUUUGCAGUGGAGCCGAUCCCUGGCUUCAAGACAGUGCACCCUGUCGUCUUUGCAGGCUUCUACCCCGACGAAGGCGUCUACAUCACGCAGCUGCGCGAUGCAGUGGAUCUCCUGUGCGUCAAUGACCCCUCCGUCACGAUGGAGCAGCUGCAGUGCCCAACACUCGGCCCCGGGCUGCAGCUGGGCUUUCUCGGCUUCCUUCACAUGCAGGUCUUCAAGGAGCGGCUGCUCAUGGAGUUUGGACAGACAGUGCUCGUCACACCGCCGCAGGUGCAGUACAUGUACGUGGAGCAGCACUGCGACCCUGGCGACCCGGCGCAACGAAAACCUGUCUCCGUCAGCAACUGGCGGUGGCCGCACGAAGGCGUCGGGGCGUACCUCGAGCCGUUCGUUACCGCAACAGUGCUGACCCCAACCCAGUACUUCAGCGAGAUCAACAGCGCUGCGCUCAGUUCCUUUCGAGGCGAGAUGCAGGAGAUGCGCGUGAUCGACGAUGCCCGCACCUUGGUGCGGUACCGUAUGCCCUUGGCCGACCUCGCUCGCGGCUUCUUCUCGACGGUAAAGAGCAGCUCGCACGGGUACGCCACGCUGGAGUACGAUGACCUCACCUACAUGGCCGCCGACCUCGUGAAGAUGGACAUCGUCAUCAAUAAGGCACGCAUCUCCGCACUGUCGACAAUUUGCCUGCGCCAUGAAGCCAACACGCAUGCCCGGCGCAUCAUCUGCUCUCUCAAGGAGAACCUGCUCCGCUCCUCCGUCGACCUGCCACUGCAGGCGCUGGUGGGGAGCAAGAUCAUUACCCGCGAGACUGUCAAGGCGUACCGCAAGGAUGUCACAGCAAAGAUACACGCCGGAGAUAUUUCACGCAAGCAGAAGAAGUGGAACGACCAGAAGAAGGGCAAGGAACGCAUGGCUCGCCGGAGUGUCGGUACCGUGACACUGGACCAAAGCGUGCUCGCGGCCGCCAUGGGGGCAACCACUGCACGGUAG